CUCGGCGGCGCUGCGGAGACCUCCGCUCAGGACCGCUCCCCUUCCCCGGGCCGCUCCCCUCGUGCCCGCUAGUCCCCUCGCCUCGUGGGCCCUUCGGACUUGAUACCGUGGGGUGAGGCGCGAGCAGGCCCGGGGAGGGUAGUUACCGCUGAGGAGCCGCAGUCGCGAUCACGAUGAUAGAGGUGCUGACAACUGCCACUCAAAAACUGCUCCCCCAGCUGAAUGCCUUGUUGGAACUGGAGUCUAGAUGUCAGCCAAAGCUCUGUGGCUUGAGACUCAUCGAAUCUGCUCAUGACAAUGGCCUCAGAAUGACUGCAAGACUACGGGACUUUGAAGUAAAAGAUCUUCUGAGUCUAACUCAGUUCUUUGGCUUUGACACAGAAACAUUUUCUCUUGCUGUCAAUUUACUGGACAGAUUUCUGUCCAAAUUGAAGGUACAACCCAAGCACCUGGGGUGUGUUGGACUGAGCUGCUUCUAUUUGGCUGUAAAAUCAGUAGAAGAAGAGAGGAAUGUCCCAUUGGCAAGUGACUUGAUCCGUAUAAGUCAGUAUAGGUUCACGGUUUCAGACUUGAUGAGAAUGGAAAAGAUUGUAUUGGAGAAAGUGUGUUGGAAAGUCAAAGCUGCUACUGCCUUUCAGUUUCUGCAACUCUACUAUUCACUCAUUCAAGAGAACUUACCAUUUGAAAGGAGAAACUGCCUUAAUUUUGAAAGACUAGCGGCUCAACUUAAGGCAUGCCACUGUAGGAUCAUAUUUUCUAAAGCAAAGCCUUCUGUGUUGGCAUUAUCCAUCAUUGCACUGGAAAUCCAAGCGCAGAAGUGUAUACGGUUAACAGGAGUAGAAUGUCUUCAGAAACAUUCCAAGAUAAAUGGGAGAGAUUUGACGGUCUGGCAAGAACUUGUAUCCAAGUGUUUAACUGAAUAUUCAUCAAACAAGUGUUCCACACCAAAUGUUCAGAAGUUGAAAUGGAUUGUUUCUGGGCGAACGGCAAGGCAAUUGAAGCACAGUUACUAUAGGAUCGCCCACCUUCCAACAAUUCCUGAAACAGUUCCUUAAUUGAUAAAGUUGGUCAUCGUUAUUUUAUUCUCCAUAUGG